UGGUCGCAAAAGAAAGCGAUUUAAAUAGGUAAUUUUGCAGUUUUCUAAUGAUAUUUCGUAACGAUGGUGCCUUCAUAGAAAAGAACUACAAGCCCAGUAGCAUGGAUAACGAUUCUAUAGAGUUUACACUGCCGCCGGCACCACGGGGACUGUGUUUCGACCGGAAUGAUUUCGUCAAGACAAAUUUCUCCGUCGAUAAUUUCUUGGUGGAGCACCAAAAUGUGGCUUCUUUGGAGACGAUGCGUGAUGAUUUGGGCGUCUACCUAAAAGUGCUUCGGCUGGCAAUGAUAGAGUUAAUCAACAAAGAUUACGCGAAUUUCGUCAACCUGUGUGCCACUCUUAUCGGCUUCGACAAAGCUAUAAUAAAAAUUCAAGUGCCGUUAGCGCAUCUGAAUGAAGAAGUGGGAACUGUAAAACAAUGCUUGGAAGAUGCAAUGAAAGAGUUGUCUAUGUGGCUGAGUCAGAGACAUGCACUUCAAAAAAAGAAACAGCUUCUUAAAUACUACAGCCAAACUAUCAACUGCCUAAACACACUUCAAAACAUAUUAAGAAACAUUGCUGACAAGAAAAAACUUGAUCAAGUAGCCCUUGUUGACCGAGCAGCAAUGCAAUACAAUCAAUUAAAAUUCUCUAUUUCAAAAUGUGAAAGUCAGAUCAAGCCAGACCAUAAAACACUAUUUAAAGAAGUGGGAAACAAGCUUGUACAAACCCUAAAUGAAUUACUGUUCCAGUUUUGGAACGACAAUGAUGAAGAGAAUCUUUUGAAAACACUAAUCACAUUGACUUCAUUAGAUCGUGUGAGUGAAACAGAAAUGUAUAUUAGAAAGCAAGCUGUCGCUCCAUUACUUCAGGAUAUCAUUAAUGAGCCGUCACUGCAAAGAAGCAAGGAUGGACUCCAAGGCAUCUAUGAAAGAAUUUUAUUCUUAUUAGAGACCAAGUUAAAACUAUUGUUAACUGUUAUGCAACAUUCUAAGUUGAUGUUUCAUGUGAAGAAUUACAGGUUUUUAGUGAAUUGUUUUUGGUGCGAAGUUGAGAACAGACUAGAGGUUAAUCUUGCUUCAAUAUUUGCUCCUGGCAACCCGCAGAUAUUCUAUAGGAGGUACAGUGAAAGCAUGCAGUUCAUAAGAAAGUUAGAAGGGUAUUGUACAGACGAGAAAACAAUGAAGUUAUUGAGGGAAACAACGGAGUAUAGGAGUUUUCAGAAGAGAUGGAACUUGCCAGUUUAUUUUCAAAUACGGUUUCAAGAAAUUGCAGGAGGUUACGAAGCAGUGCUACAAAAGAAUCCCACUGUUGGAGCUGAAGAGGGUUUUAUUCUAAAAGAAACCAGCAGGUGCUGGAUGGCCCUGCAAGAGUGCUGGUCUGAUGGAGUUUACAUAGAGGCCUUAGCGCACAAGUUUUGGAAGCUCUCUUUGCAGUUACUAUCAAGAUAUGUCAAUUGGGCAUCCACUUAUUGUGCUCAGAGAAACUCUCCCAAACAAGAAUUGACAAGUGUAAAUAAAACUCUUCUAGAUAACAGUAUUGACAUCCAUAUUGACGUACAAAUUCUUUUGGAAAGGUUACCAAGUUUCCUGACUCUUGCUGAAAUGAGGAUACCAGUUGAAAACAAAGAUAUACUUAGGCAUAGUCUUAAACCUUCAGAAAGUGCUUUACAAGGGACGAAAGUAAAAAUCAGAGAGUGCAUAGUACAUGAAUUGUAUGAUCACUUCAAUGUUCAGUUGAAGCAAGUGAGUGACAUACCAAGAUUAUAUCGAAAGACUAAUAGAAGCAUACCAACAAAGCCUUGUGCAUAUAUUGAAACAAUAUCUAAAGCUCUCCAGGAGUUUAAUGAGAAUGCAAUAAAGAGACUGGAUAAUGCAUUCCUAAUUGAGUUGUAUGAAUCGUUAUUUAAUGUUAUGACUGUAUCAUAUUACAAAUAUGUGGAAGACGUUUUGACCUCCAUUACGAGAACUGAGGAGUCACUAAGAAGACUGAAGCAAAUCAGGGAGAAGAGUUCCCAACAGAGCACAGAGAGCGGCGGUGUUACCGAUGGCGACAAGAUUCGGCUGCAACUCAACGUUGACGUCGUCUCAUACGGGAACCUAGCCGAAAGCUUGAGAGUCAAUGUAAAUACUGUUCACAAGUUCGAUGACUUGAGUUCCAUGGUCACAGAUGCUGUAAAAAAUAUAGAUAUUAAAUGAUAUGCCCA